UUUAAAUAUUCAGCAACGGUUGGUUGUGAUUUUUGGUUUCGAGGAAAAUGUACCCCGCCUAUAUGUCCUAAAAUGGGAAGAAUUAAACCUGAAUCAAAGGCUGCUCAUAAAAUAAACAGUAUAGCAUCCCACGUUCCUGAUGUAGUUGUAUACGGAGAUCUUUCCAAGGAAGUACCUUACGCAGAGAACUUCCAUGGAGUCCUUCUAUUCGCCGAUAUAUCGGGGUUUACAGCCCUCACUGAGAAAUUCAGCAUGAGUAGUAAGAAAGGUUAUGGGGCAGAUCAAUUAACCAGGACUCUGAACAGCUAUAUUGGAGAGAUAGUAACUCAUAUUCUUGCUGCUGGAGGAGACAUUCUGAACUAUGCAGGUGAUGCCAUUCUAGCACUUUGGAAAGUGGAGAGAAUGCAGCUGAGUGACGUGAUAUCCUUGGCGGUGAAAUGCAGUCUCAAUAUCCAAGAUCAAUGUGGCAUUCGAGAAACUGAAGUAGGCUGCCAACUCAGGGUGAAAAUAGGUAUUUCAGCAGGAAAACUAUCUAAAGUUAUUAUGGGAGAUAAAGUCAGUGAAUACUUUGUUGUGAUUGGACGAGCAGUGGAUGAAGUUCGACUUGCUGAAGGAUUAGCAGUGGCUAGCACAAUCAUAUUGUCACCAAAUGCUUGGGAACUGUGUGACAGAGACAACAUAGCAACUGAUCCCAUAGAAAAUGAAAGGGCAGUUAAGGUCAGAUAUAUAAAGCAAGAACCAAAUUUUUCUGUUGAGGAGUAUAUACAAUCAAAAGGAAAACACCUUUCCCAUGAGAAUAUUAUUAAAGGUGUUGUGAGGAAAGCUUCAAGAUUGAUGCCAAAUGCAGACCUUGAGAAAAACCUACGGAAAUAUGUUAUGCAAACUGUUUUGCAGAAAAUUGAUGAUGAUCAGCCUCUUGAGUAUUUAUCUGAAAUGAGACCAGCAACAAUUGUCUUUGUUAACCUACAAUUCAGGCAUUAUGUAACUGAAUCAGCUCAGUGUUUUGCUAUACAACAAGCAACAGAUGGAAUUGGCCAUCAGAUGGUUAAGCAUCAAGGAAGAAUAAAUAAAGUAUUUAUGUUUGACAAGGGCUGCACCUUUCUGUGUGUCUUUGGCCUUCCUGGUGAUAAGCGAGAAGAUGAGAGUUCUCAUGCUUUACAGUCAGCUUUUGGUAUACAUGAGUUUUGUUCAAAGGAAAUAAGGGAAGUAAGCACAGCAUCUGUUGGUGUGACAAGUGGCCCUGUGUUCUGUGGUGUUGUUGGACAUCCUGUACGUCAUGAAUAUACAGUUAUUGGUCGGAAGGUGAACUUGGCAGCUCGGUUAAUGAUGAACUACCCUGGAGUAGUCUCCUGUGACAGGGAGACGUACUGUUAUUCAAAACUUCCAUCUUUCUACUUCAAUGAACUACCAAAAAAAGCCAUGAAAGGUGUGCAGAACCCUGGGAUCAUCUAUCAAUACUUGGCCAAGAAACAUCAAAAAACUGUUGGUAAAGCACUUAUGUCAGUUGAAAGAGAGGAGAACUAUCCCCUUUUAGGGCGAGAAAAAGAAAUGGAAGUCUUUUCCAAUGCGUUGAAGCAUUUUUUGCAAUGCAGAAAAUCAGGUUCCAAAGACUACCACAAUGUGGUUAUAUACGAGGCAGCUGUUGGUUAUGGAAAAAGCCGUCUCCUGGCUGAAAUUGUUUUCAAAGCAGCUAAAGAAGGAUUGAGAGUUAUUUCUUUUGAGCUUGCAAAGACAGACAUCAAACAGCCAUUCUACACAGUUCAAACCCUAAUGGCACAUCUACUGUCUGUGUCGAACUGCAAGAGCUAUGUUGAACGUGAAAAGGUUUUAGUUAGCAAGAUCAGGCAGCCUGACCAGCAAGACUACCUUUGCUUCUUCAAUGAUCUCCUUCUUGUUAAGUUUCCACUUUCAAAAAAAGUCUCUCUUCUGGAAGGAAAGGAUAAAGCUCAGCAAAUGAAGACAUUCUUUAUUAAUGUAUUUCACAUGAUUGUUGAAGAAGAACCAUGCCUGUGUGUUAUUGAUGAGGCACAUUAUAUUGAUCCAGUUUCAUGGGAAUUCAUUAAGGAAGCAUGUGAGAAAACUCCGGUCUUCAUGAGUAUGGCACUGCGUCGUUUGCCCCUCCAGAAUUCACUUUCUCCAGCAGCUAACAAAGUGAUAAGAAAUCCCAGAACACUGUAUGUGAAAUUGUCCGGGCUGGAGGCAUCUGUAAUUGCACAGCUAGCUUGUCAAAUACUGGGGGUCAUCAGAAUUCCAAGAGAGGUGGAACUAUUUCUGGUGGAACGAAGUCAUGGAGUUCCAUACUACUGUGAAGAAGUGUUAAAGAGCCUCUAUUUAAGUUCUGUGAUUGUGUUGGAGGAAAUGGAUGAUGAAGAGGAAGAUGAUGAUAUAGAUAUGUUGUUUCCAGAACCACAAAUAGUCAUUAAAAAAUCUAAAGUCAGUCAGAUUUGGAAUCCUGAAGAAGGUUCUGCAAAGACAGAGCUAUUAAAAACCCGGAAGGUCAAAGCCCUUGAUAAAGCUUCCUCUGACCGCAAAUUUGUCUGUCACAUUGGAGAAGCAGCAAAGCUGCACGAAAUCCCAAUUCCUCUUGCACUGAAAGGCAUGGCUCUGUCUCAGCUUGAUCACAUGCUGCCUGCAGAGCAAAUGGUUGUUAAGUUUGCAGCAAUAAUUGGGCACACAUUUACCACUCAGAUGCUUCAAUACAUAUUGCCUGAGGUGAUGGAUCAAAAGUUAAACCAGUCCCUAGUUUCACUUUUCAGGUCACACAUUUUUGAAUGUGCCUCCGGACAUACUGAAACCUGGCAUCCAUUUGCAAAAGAAACUGAGCAUUCAGAUAUGUUAGACUGCUUUUGUCCACUGGAUGACAAAAAAGAUGAGAAGGAGCACCCCAGUAAGGCUUCUGAUCCAAGUGACUCUGUGUGGAAAUGCAAAGUAAUGAGAUUUUCCACAACUCUUGUGAAGGAAACAGCAUAUGAAUUGUGGCUUAAGGAUCAGAAAAAAGAAAUUCACUGUAAAUGUGCUGGGUACCUUUUGAAACAAGCCCAUAGAUGCAAUAGCUGUGGGGGUGAUGAGUUUAUAUUUGGACAUAAGGCAGCUAUAGGGUCAACUAUCAUUGAAAUCAGCCCUGAUGUCUUAAACAAGCAACAGGCAGAAGAUUACAAUUUUGCAUCACAACAGGUGCAUCAGAGAUAUCAGAGGGAGAGUUCUGGGAUAUUUGGUCCAUCCUUGACAAACAACAGAGUUUCCCCUAUGCAGUCUAGCAGUUGUGAGAGCAGUUUCUUGACCAAAUUAGACAGCAAGUUGGAUGACUGUAAAGUAGUGGAGGAGAGCUGUAAACACUGCAGAUGUGCAGAGAUCAUGGAAUGUGUGUUAUCUCCCAUGGUACGACACUGGAUGGGCGUGGGCGAUGUUCCAAAGACAUUUUAUUAUCUGCUAGAGACAGCUGCUGCAGCAUCAUUUUUAUCCAACAAUCUGAAGGCUUUGUCAUAUUUAAAUGAAGCCACAAUUAUUCUGGACCUGCUGAAAGCUGGGACAGCUCCUUUUGAAACAGCAGAGACAAAACGGAAAAUAAAAAUCACAAACUUUGAGAAGGCAUGUGUAUAUCGUCUUAAAGGAGAGGUGAUGUUCAACACUGGGCAAAUCAAAGAAGCUCAAGAGAUGUUCUUGAAUGCUUUGAAGCUGCUAAACAGGAGACUCCCAAAGAACAGAAUUCUUGUGUCACUGAUGUGCAUCAUUGAGAAAAUCAAGAGUUUCCACUAUCAAUCAAAGCACAUUGAAACACCGGUGGAGAAAAAGCUAGCUGUUUUGCAUGAACAAAUUUGUUGUUUAUCCUAUAUCUCGCAAAUAAGCUGCAUGGCAAAAAUACCAAAAUACACUGUAUCUGCUUCACUUGCCAUUGUGAUGGAAGUUAAUUCUGCUAAACGCAGUGCAGAAGAACACAAGAUCAUUCAUUCCUCUGUUGAUUACUUUCACUACUGUCAGAUUAUGGGACUGGAAGGUGAACGCAAACGAUAUGAAAAUCUCCUGUAUGCAAAAUGUGCUGAAUUACCACAUACAAUGGAAGGAGUAGUGCUAAUUAGCUAUUUUGUGCGAACACUUUGUGCUGUCAAACUAUUUUCAGGAGAACUAAGUGAAUCAAUUGAAUAUGGUUUUCGGGCCUGUAAAAUUGCAAAAUUGCUCAACAAACCAGGACUGGAUAUGUGUACUAUCUCCUUUAUGUAUACACCUCUGCUACUGACCUACAGGUUCCCUGAGUGUGUUAGGUUGCUUCAAACCUUGGAAUACCUGGCAAAUUCAAAUCUCAACAGUACAGCCAAAGGCUGGUUCUAUACAGCAUGUUUUGAUAUUCUACUUCAUACAGGAUUUGUUUUAAAAUCCUUUGAUGAGUGUUUGAACUUUGUUGAAGAGGCCGAUUCUGACCCGACUCUUGUCGUAGACAAAAGUUUAAUGUUGGACCUGUACUCAUCUGUUGCACUGUGGUAUGCAAGGAUUUGCGAAUGGGAUAGAGUCUGUUUCUUCUAUGUGAAAGCCAGAGGACUAGCUUGUCAAGCUCCAUCAUCUCUACAAUCCAUAAAUGGACAUGUGAAGUUUCUGGAGUGUCAUGUUUUGGUGUUCAGGAAGGCUCUAUCUGAACAGAAUAAACAUGUGAUGAAGAUUUACCAAAAGACACAAAAGCUCUUUCAUGAUUUCAAGGCAAGGUAUGCAACCAGCAAAGUUUACUUUCCCAGGCUUUUGCAUCUAAAAGCAUAUGUAUACCUUAUGUCUGGACAACCGAGCAUUGCAAAAGGCCUUUUGAAAAAAGGUUCAGAACUGAGUCAGAAGCAUGGAAAUAAGUUAGAAGAGAGCUGGAUAAAGCAAAGUGAGGACUCAUGGUUUGGACAGUUAAGACAACCUACAGACCAGUGGUUAAAAACAACAAUGAAAAUUCCAGAUUGGAAAGAAGCAGCGGAAAUGGAAAUGGAUGAAUUUUCCAACACCAGGUAUCUUCUGACAGGCAUUGAAAAUAAAGCCUCUGAUCCUGGCCCUGCACAUGAAGGCUCAACUGUGUUUCCUCCUCUUGAAAAAACAGAUGCAAAGUUGCUGUUCAAUGACAUAUAACUAAAUUCUCUACUCAUCCAUGAAUUAUCAUUAAACCAAAUCCUUAUCUGGUAUGUGACAAAGCUAAAUAUUUUGCAUAUGAUCAAUAAUUAUUUUAAAACUAAAAAUAGGAUAUA